CAUCAUUCAAGUUUUGUCAUUCAACUUCUUGUUGUCAUUGAAUGCACACUGGAAAAGGCUUUUCUGCUUUACUUCUAGGUGAAACCCUAAGAAGUGAAGGCAAAGGAGCUCUGGGAACACAAUGUCUUCGAGCUUGAAAGACGAGUGGGAGAAAAUCGUGGUUGAACAGCUCGGCAGGCCGCAUUUGAAGGAUUUUGCCCAACUCAAAACCGAUUUGGAAAGAUUCAAGUUCUGUAGGACUCUUUUAAGGCAUGAUUUUGAAGCGCAAGAGUUGAUUCAAAAUGUGCACAGAGUGGUGAACAAGAAACGCAAUCAAACUGGGAAGUCGUUGGAGAAAGCUCAGAAUUUCCUGAGUGCAGCUGAGGGGUGUAUCAAUAAUAAACAGUUUAGAAAAGCUGUAUAUCUAUACUCCAAGGGAAUACAAUACUUUCCACAUCAGAGAUGUACUUCCAUACCCACCUCUGCCCUUGAGGUMAACGGACAGACCUCUGCUGAUACCAGUGAACUGACACUUGCUUCAGUAUUGACUCGUCGAGCUGAGGCAUUGUUCAUGGUUGGUGAAUAUGAAGCUUGUUUGACUGACAUCCAAGAAGCUUCAUCCCAUCAGUAUAACUACACAAUUAGUGACAAACUGAUUAAAAUGCAGAAAGCGUGUUUAAGAAAACAAGACAGAAUAGCCAAAGCAAGCACAGGUUCAAGUAAUGCAUCAAGAGUACCUGAUCUAGCUGGUGGCUACCAUCAUGCUAUAGCUAAUGGUUCMAGACUGAUUGAGAUCAACUAUGAUCCAAAACAAGGCAGAUAUCUCCAGGCUUCAGAAGAAAUUCGUGCUGGAGAUGCACUUAUAGCUGAGAAACCUUUUACUGCUGUACUGCUACCAGAGAACAGAGAAACCCAUUGCCAUAACUGCUUUAAAACUCUUGUUGCACCAUAUGCGUGCAGGAAGUGCUGCUCUGUGUUGUACUGUUCGCCRUCAUGUUGCAAGAAGGCCUGGGUUGACUAUCACUCGAUUGAAUGCUCUCUUCUUCCAGUUCUUGAUAUCAUGGAUACUUUUACACACUUGUCUCUCCGAGUACUACUGACCGCUGGGCCAAAUGAAAUACUGGGUAUUCUCAAAGACUUUGCUGCAGCUUCAAAGAACAAAGAAACACCAAUAGAGUCUAUAGUGACUGAMAGCUCRUCAAAUGCCUCGUACCCUACUGGYUACAUCUCUGUAUUUUCUUUGGUCACUAACACUGAGCUUCAACCAGUCAAAGCGCUCAUGACAUAUUCAUUGAAUGCUGCAUUUCUGAUGGAGUUUCUUGAAGACUCUGCAAUGCUGACCAAAGCCCAAAGACUUCGCUGUCAGGGYAGUGAUAUAAACUUUAACACAGGGCAAACUGAACUUGAUUCUGACGAUGACAGUGAAAUCUCUUGCGACUCUUGUCCAAGUUGUGAACAAGAAAGAACAAUUUCAAAUAAAAGAACUCGCUCUGAAGCCACCAGUGAACUGAAGUGCACGAAAAUGCCUCUGGACAAUUCACUGAAAUGCAGCARGAUAUUAAAUUCAUUGGGACUAUCAAAUGAGGAUUUGUUGAAUACUUUAACUGAGGAAAUAGUUGGUUCRCUGCUGUUACACCACCAACAGCAAAUGCCAUGUAACGUACAUGCUAUAACAGCAAUAGUUUCAACAAGCUCUAGUGAUGAAGAGAACGAUGAUGAACUUACUGGUUUGGCAUCACCUGGACAAGUUAUUACCAGGGAACAAAGACGAAUUGCUUCUGCAAUYUACCCUACAGGCUCACUAAUGAAUCAUGCGUGUGACCCUGACAUAAUUGUAAGUUUCGUUAAUGAUGUUCUGGUGGUAAGAGCUACUCAUAAUAUCUCUCCAGGAUCACCUAUCAACCACUGCUAUGGUCCUAAUGCCAGUAGGAUGCCCAGAGAGGAGAGGCAAAAGGUCUUGUUCAAGCAGUAUUUCUUUACCUGUCAGUGYUCMGCKUGUACAAGGGAUGAAGAGAUGGAAAAUCGUCUUCUUUGUUUCUCUGCCUUUGCUUGUCAAAGCUGCAAAGGACCCAUUAAACAAAACAUCAUGGACAUGUCAGUCGGAAGAUGCAAAGACUGUAAUCUUGAAAAAUCCCUGGAAAAUGAUCUGCGUCUUGCUCGAGAAGCAGAGUUGUUAUUCUGCAAAGGGAUCAGACUGCUUGAGAGGGUUGGAGUCCAUGAAGCUUUACAGGUGUUCUUAGAGUGCUUACGGAUAAGACGACAGAUCUUGUACCAGUACAACAAAGACUUGGCGGAAACUCAUGACGCAGCUGCUAGAUGUUACGCCAUGAUUGGUGAUUACAAGAAGGCCACCCAUCACUGUUUACAAAGCUCUGAAGCAGUUGAAAAAGCCUACGGGUCGUCGAGCGUUGAAUACGGACAUGAACUUCAUAAGCUUUCUCAAUUGAUGUUUAACGACCAGCAAGUCAAGAAAGCCCUGGUUAUGGUCGAUAAAGCCAUUAACCUGCUCGGGACACAUUAUGGUCGUUGCCAUCCCGAUGUAGAAGAGCUUGAUGAAAUGAGGAAAUGCUUGGUUUCUGUGAAYGGAGGAAGUCGYUGAAUCUUCAUGGAUAGUUGAUUGUUACUUACCAUCGAUAUGGUCAAUCGGUACUGUAGUAUCCUCUACCUAACAAACUGGCUUGGACCAUGGCUAUCCCAUAAUGCUUUGCUCUUGUACUACCAGAAUCCUUUGUGGGAAUUGUGUGGACUUGAUGUGAUAAAUAACUUAUUAAGCUGAAUUAGAYCAUCGUAUGCAACCUGGCCCAGUCUUUAAAACAUAGCUGCGAGAUUCAWAGUAAUUGUUUAUUAGCUCUACCAUAGUUGUAGCCCUGUUUAAAUAUGACUUAGGCAUGUUGCAUGCGAUGUGAUAGUUGAUGGUUGUAGGAAAACGUUUUUCCGUCUAAUUCGGCUUUUAGACAGGUCUUUGUAGUCUUUUUAGUGAAAUAUAGUUUAACUUGAAACUACGAAAAGAAAUUCUGGAAAUAUUUGGGCAGACAAGUAUUGGCGAAACACAGUUAAAUAAAACAAAACAACAAAAAACAAAACCCAAGCGUAGUCGAAGGCUGCGUUUAAGUUUAUAACAUAAACAUAGUAAAAGUAAAAAUAUAUUAUAGAUGUAGACUAUAUAUGCAGUAUCAAAGAUACUUAGAAAAAGAAGAUGUACCUAUUUAUAAAAUUAAUUUCUACUCAGACAUUACAACCCCCUUGAGUUAUAUCAUUUAAUUAUUCAUACUGAGGUCAGGGAGUUGGCAAACCAUCAUUUAGAUGCCAGAUUUUUUUUUCUUGUGUUUUUCUGGCUAUUUUUAUUUUUGAUAAAAUUCAAUUUAGUUAGGAUGUUUGUUUUUUUUCGCUAGUCAGGUAGAUAAUUGUAGACCUGAUGGUGAUUUUUUUUAAUGCUCACAUUGAGCAGGAGUGAAAUAAUAAAAAAAGAUGAAUCAGAGAMAGUGUUUACAAAUAAAGAGUUACAAUAACAA